GUUUUUGUUUUUUUUUUUCUUCCCUUUUAAUAUUUAUCAGUAAAAAAAAAAAUGUCUUUCACUCUCGAAGCUCCUUUGGCCUUUAAGAUCCUUGAUAACUACUUUGAAAACGUUUCUUACGUUAAGGGUGUUGAAGCUUCCGAUGCUGAUGUCGCUGUCUUCAAUGCCUUGCCCGAAGGUCCUUGUGCUAAGACCUACCCUCACUUGGCUAGAUGGUAUGCUCACAUUGCUGCUGUUAAGGGUUUGAACACCAAGGAUGCCGCUGCUGCUGCUGCUCCUGCUGCUGCUGCUGCCGCUGAAGAAGAGGAAGACAUUGACCUCUUUGGUUCUGAUGAUGAAGAAGUUGAUGAAGAAGCUGAAAAGCUCAAGGCCCAACGUCUUGCUGAAUACAAUGCCAAGAAGGCCGCUAAGCCUAAGCCUAUUGCUAAGACCACCGUCACCCUCGAAGUUAAGCCUUGGGAUGAUGAAACCAACAUGGAUGAAUUGACUGCUGCUGUCAAGGCUAUCAACAUGGAUGGUCUCCUUUGGGGUGGUCACCAACUUGUUGCCAUUGGUUAUGGUAUCAAGAAGCUUCAAAUCAACUGUGUUGUUGAAGAUGAUAAGGUUAUGAUGGAUGACUUGACUGAUGCCAUUCAAGAUUUGGAAGAUUACGUUCAAUCUGUUGAUAUUGCUGCUAUGCAAAAGAUCUAAAUAAAAAGUAAAGAAAAAGAAAAAGAAGGAAAACAAAACAAAAAAAAAACGGGAAAAAAAAACUUAAUAUAUAAAUUAUAAUAAAA